GGGCCACCUGGACUAAAUCGGAUGUCACGAACCUGGCAACGGCAGGUUGGGAGUUGGUCGGAGAGGCCGACGGACUCCGCCCACUUUUGGUCGGACGAUCACCCCAUAGACAGUGAGAUUUACUUACGAUUCAGAUAACCGUAUCCGGCGAUCGUAACGUCUAUGGGGCCCUUAAGACAAGUGAACAACGCGAUAUUCAUUAGUGGCCAGUUAUUAAGGGAAAAAAAGUGACAGACGUUAUAGUUAUGGACCCCAUACACCAUAUUACCAUUGUAACCGACGACCGUAAGUGUGAGGCCAUCAAUCCGCCAAAAGUCGACUGAGUCUGGUGAUUUUGACGCACCUGCAAACGCCAUGUUAUGGCUUCGAACUUUUCGAUAUCGCAAGUUCGCAAUGGCUGUCAGUGGUUAUCGGUUAAUCUGGUGAUGCACAUCAGUAAUAAAUAUCUUAACAACAAAUAACUCCUGUCGUGAACGCAUCGUUGUGUACACAAUGUCAACAUCAAGUGAUCAAGGAAGAUUAUCCACGCUUUUGGAAAAUUAAGUCUAUAGACUACAGUGACAACGGGUCCAGGGACGGUGCAGACGUGAUACUUUUUGAAAAUUAAUUUAAGAAGCGUUAGUCAUCCACACUGAACUGAAAAAACCGAAGCAUCAAAAACAUCAGGAGUUGCCGCUGACGAGAUUUCGUAGGCCUAUAUUCCCCAGGAACCACUCCCAUACUUUGGUACUACCAUUUGAUGCGUUAUGUAGCGGACCAAGAACUGACAAGGCCUUCAUGCUAAGGCCUAGUCAUUGAUAAGUCGAGAACGACAACACAGGAGCCAUCAGCAGACAGGCGGUGAUCGCCAGCAGCAGGGCGUCCAGACGAUCUCACUCCCUCCUCCCGGAGAACGCCGCCAUGGUACGGAGGGCGCGGAUCAACAUGUCACGCAGAAGGAGGGGCUUCACGGCCGUCGUGCUGGGCGAGGUUCAGGGGGACACCCACGAUCUGGCGGCGGCAUUCGGGCACGAUUCGCCCCAACCGCCCACGAAUAAGCCUCAGUCGUUAGCGCAGAGGAGGGCAUCAACACAUAAGCUCCUGACGGUCACGAAAUCUGACCCCAUCAUGGCCCAGGGCAAACAGUGCGUCAGUUGCAUAGGCCACCCGGACUACUGCCUCACCGCCCUGGGGCUUCACGAUGCCUGCCCCGCCCACAGCAGCCUCCUGAAGACGGCUCCCGUGCCUAGACGCGCCCACUCCUUGCGAACGCACGCCUACCGAAUGACAUCGAACCUGAGCGUCAAAAGAGGCUCCGUCAAGGGCACGGCGAAGGGCGGCGAUAAGAUCGCGGAGGAAAACGAAGCCGGGGGAGGGACGACUCCCACGCCCUCGCCCACGCCCUCUGAGAGCCCGAGGGGGAGCAGGGCGAGGUCCCCCUCGGAAUCAAAGGCUCCGUCAACGGGCAAGCCCCCUCAGAGUCGGGGUUCGAGCAAGGCGGCGGAUCCGCGGACCAGGAAGACGGACACGUCCCAGGCAAAGGCGAAGAAGCAGAUGGCAAACGAGGGCGUCCGGAGGAAAGAGAAGGAGGUGCUGGGAGAGGGCGUCACGCCUUUGAUCACGGGCGCCGGGGAAGACGAGGCGAAUAUGCAGAAGAUAAUGGAGUGUCUAAGGCGCGUCAGUAUUUAGGAAAAUGCUGAAGAGUGAGACAUUCUUCUUUAUAUGCGUGUAUAGAAUACCUGUGCAGUGGUUUUUUUCUCUCUCUCUCUUCUAAAGUUUCAGUAUUUUUCAUGCUCUCAGUGACUCUCCGUCUCUUUGUAAUAUCGAAGUGAAAGUUUAUUAAAGACAAGAUAUUUUCUCUUUUAAACAGCAUGGACAAGUGAGGACGGGAGGACUCUUAAGGCGAUGAGUGCCGACUGUUUGUAUAUAAAUAUGUUUGCAUAUAAACACAGAUUUGCAAGUAACACACUAAUA